UUACUGCGUCGUUGAUCUGGACUUCCGAAUUGAGUGUGAUCAACGCAAUAUCAUUGUACGCCGACGUAAAACGAUGCUCGGGAUGACGUUUGAUCGAUGUGAUACGAAACUGCUGGGCGCGAUUAUUGCUCGGGUCAGUGAUGCUCACAUUAAUAUUGAUCACCCCUAAACGAACAACAUCCGGUGCACGCUGAUCAAGAUUGGCACAGUGAGCUGCAGUCACAACGUGCCGGGAAGUUAUCAAAGAUCCUCCGCAAUUAAAAUCCACUUCACCGUUGGGUUGCGUCCAACCGAUGGCUGCCAUAUGCGCAAAUUCUCCAAUUCGUACAGGCACUCCAAAAAUCGGAUAUAUGAGAUUAUAAUCACCAUACUUGUGAUACCGCAGAUGACAAUCUGUUUAAUUAAAGUAACAAUCAUUAACGAAUAGUUCAAAUCAAACGAUUACAAUACCACUAACCGUUUAAACUUUUUCUAACGUUCGGCAACAACGCGUUGUUGACAUCGGUUGGAAACAAGUUCUCUGCCGGUUGCAAACGCGCUAAGCUGAGCUCAAUCACCUGCAACAGCAACGCUAAAAGAGUAAUUAUUGCUAGCUGGACACCUUCAGGAGCCACUCUGAGCCUGAUUGUUGUUGUUCUCGUACGCAUCUUGCGCUGGACUGGACGACUGAUUCGGCAAAAGCAGUCAACACCCCUUUGCGCCAGUUCAACCCUACUGAUCCGUAUUUCUGCGAGCGACGCCGCUUAAUACUAUCUAACAACUGGUAGAACCUGUUUCAUGCCGACGACGGACGGCUAGUCGAUCGUAGUGAGUCAUCUUCAUUUUUGAACGACGUCAUAAGUUUUAUAACAUCAGCUUGUAAGUGGGCAGAAAAUUGCGGGAUAUCCGUACAUCAAACACACCUCAGUUCUCAUUCACACAUGCAGGUAUAGAUAUUCGAUCCGCUGUCUAUUCCAGAAAAUCCAUUCGGCAUGAUCAACCAAAGUGAUAGCCGCAGUAACUUGUAAUUAGGUACAUUCAUAGUGCCGUUUAUCGUUGAACUUAACCCGUAAGUGAAUAGAGAGAAAAAAAAAGUUGACAGCCACAAUCUUACCUGCUUAAUUUUGCGAUCAUUAUUGUGGCAGCUAGUGGUCCGCCCAGAAGCAGCGGGAAUUCCAGCGGUUCUCUUUUUUCUGUUUCAAGCUUUCGGCAGGCCACAUUCGACCGUAGUCUGUUCGUCAAAACAAACGUGUUUUUGCGCCAUGAAGUUUUUGAUCCCUUGCCUGGUUUGGCUUGGCGCCUUCAUACAAAUCGGACAUUCACAAAGCUUUGCAGACCAUGAAGUGUCGCACGUGGCUUUGAUCGGAUGGAGCCAGCCGGAUGGUCGCCCGACUUUCUUUGACUGUACGGGAUCAUACCUAGGAGAGAAAAUGAUCCUGACCGGAGCUCGCUGUCUGGAACGCAAUGGAACGAGAGCCGAUGUUGUGCGGCUGGGUGCUGCCAUGGAUGGAACGCCUCAGGAUUUCGAAGUCGAUAAGUUCGUUGUGCAUUAUCGCUACCAGGCAGAAUAUUACUACCACAACAUGGCCAUCAUAUACCUUAAGGAAGAUCCGGCAACCAGUUCCAAGCGACGGUUCCGGCCAACUUGUAUCUAUUCGCAGAAACCAGAAAUGGACGCACCGGUUUUUGUGGUUGGGCGCGAUAGUCGUGGUCUGUUUCAAAAAACUCCCCUAGAACUCGUCGGUUCCGACAAGUGUCAUGAAUUUUACAACCCAACCAAGAAAUUCAAAUAUGGCGCUUUGCUAGUAUGCUGCAUGUGUGCUAAAAAUCCAAACACCAAUCAAUGCACGACCGAGCUGUCCGCUCCGAUGCAAAUGAUCCUGGAGAAGAACGGCAAAAAGGUGCCGUUCCUGGUAGGACAGAAAACGAUCGGGAAAUCGUGCGGCAGCAAAACUCCCGGCAUCUACACCCGGCUCAGCUCGGACGGUCACUUUCCGUGGAUCGCCACCAUUGCCGGGAUCGAUUUCCGCGAUCAUGACGCUUGCAUGGAUCGCUAUUGAAAUUGAAAAGGCGAACCAGAUGUGGGUAGAUCGUGUGAAACAGUCGUGUUUGAUCUGAUUCGGAGGUAUUUUCUGCUCUUCAUUCCGAAUUAUACAUAUGUACAGCAUGUAACAAAAA